AUGCGCCUGUCAACGUUCGUGCGACCCGUCCAUUGCACAAAUACAAGCUCAGGGCUCCUGUCGCCAUUGUCGCCAUUGCGGCCGUUGUUUUUGUUGUUGUCAUCGUUGUUAUUGUUGUCGGCCACAUGCUGUGUCGCUCAUAGUGCUGACAACAAUUUCGAUGCGGUUGCUGAUGCGCUUACCGCACAAGCACUGCACACGGACAACAGCAACAUUCAGACCUUUGACAUGCUGCCUCAGCAAGAACAGCAUUAUGACAACCAUACCAAAGACACAUAUGACAACAGCAGCAGCAACAAUCAUUCUAAACGUGCAUUGUCCCGUAGGAAGCGGUACUUGGAAUUCCCGAAAGGAUCGCGUAUGUCGUGGCGUACGAAUAUACGAAACAACUUGUUGAAAAUCAAUACGCUUAUAUCAUACGGCUACGGGUUUCGUGCCAAUUGGGGAUUUCCGGACCUUAAGGAGCAACGUCAGAAGAAUCGCAUUUUUUUCAAGCGUGAUUUGUUUCAGAAUGUGGAGACCGCUCUAAAUGGACAUGGCUUCGAUGGACGCGCUUGUAUUCUGAAAUCAUAUUGCACUGCUCUUCUAGACGUGGACAACGGCCAUAAAAGCGGCAUGCUCUUCAAGAUGUUAAAGCUGGUAUUUAGCCUAGAUGAGCAAGAGAAAAGGCAUUUACCUCACUUGCGUGAGGAAAAUUGUCAACAAAUUUUGCACAGUCAUUGUCCGUUGAGCUUCGACAGCAUUUCACCAUAUACAGAUGAUGUCUGA